AAAGUUGCAAACUUUCAUCGUUUUUUGUGUUAUAUGUGGUGUGCUCGAUCAAUUGAUUCCGUGCCACUCUUCAAGCACACAUCUCUCCCGACCCCAACUCACCAUGGCAAUUUCUUUACCAAAAUUCCAUCCCUCUUCCCUAAUCUACCAGCACCCCUUCAUUUUCAUCAUAACAAUUUCUUUCCUCUGCAACUUCACCACUGCAGAAACCCACUCUUUUGGGCGAAUCAUUUCACCCUCAACGCUGGGGCUCAACAAACCGCAGAAACUGAGCCACCUGCGCUUCUACUUCCACGACAUCGUCGACGGGCCAAACCAAUCGGCUUUCCGCGUCGCUGCUGCUCCGUCCACCAACAACUCCCCGACGGGGUUCGGCGCGGUGGUGGUGAUGGAUGACGCGCUGACUGAGCUGCCGGAGAUGGGUUCCAAGGUGGUGGGGAGGGCGCAGGGGAUGUACGCACUGGCUUCGCGGAGUGAAGUGGGUCUCCUGAUGGUGCUCAACUUUGCAUUCACGGAAGGGAAGUAUAACGGGAGCAAUCUCAGCGUGCUUGGGCGGAACGCGGCGAAUUCCGCCGUGAGGGAGAUGCCGGUGGUGGGUGGCAGUGGGUUGUUCCGGUUCGCUAAUGGGUAUGCUCAGGCAAGGACACAUCAUUCCACAACAGUGGAAGAUGUUGUGGAGUACAACGUCUUUGUCUUCCAUUAUUGAAAUGUGUGGUUCUUUUUUCUUUGUCUUUUGCUUUAGUUUCUAUCAGUUGAAAAUGGUGCAUGCAGCUGCAUGUAAUGGGGGGGUAAUAAUUGUGAUUGCUACUCAAGUCUUUGUUUUUCUUCUUUGGCGUUACUUUUUAAGGCUUGCUUUUUGAAAGUGGUUGAUUGGUCUUCUUCUAGUGAUCGAGCAAUUGAUCAGGGACGACUGAAGUUUAUGUUGAAUUACAACAUGGAAUUAUCAUUCCAA